CUAACUUUUUCCAUUUUCUCUGCACUUUUUAUCAGCUUAUGUCACAUUUCCUAUGAUAUACACGCCCACCCAUUAUCUAUCCAUCUCUUCUCUUCAUUUCUAAGCCUUUUUUUUUCCUCUGAUUUUGUAAUUUUUGCAUUUUCUGCAGUAGAUUGAUUAAAGUUUGAGAGACUGAUUCCGGAAUAAGUUUCCUCUGUUCUAGGGUUUAUUUCUUUAACUGCCUUGUAAUCCCCUUUUCUGUUCCAGUGUUUUUAUACUAUUAUUAAAAGUGCGCUUUUACAGAUCUUGUUCCUUUAUAUGGUUGUAAAAGCCCUUACUGAAAUUGUCCUGCUAAAGACGCUGAAUUUUGUUGGCUGGCAUCUGAUUGAUUUGGAAUUACUUUGAGUCUGCUGAGGAGACCGAGAGACCGAGUUUGAACAUGGGUUACAUUUGUGAUUUUUGUGGGGAUCAGAGGUCCAUGGUUUACUGCAGGUCUGAUGCUGCUUGUUUAUGUUUAUCAUGUGAUCGAAAUGUGCACUCAGCUAAUGCUUUGUCCAAACGGCAUUCACGAACUCUUAUAUGUGAAAGAUGCAAUUCACAACCUGCAUUAUUUAGAUGUUUUGAAGAGAGGAUAUCUCUCUGUCAAAAUUGUGAUUGGAUGGUUCAUGGUAACUCUUCCUCAACUACUACCCAUAAAAGGCAAACGAUCAAUUGUUUCUCUGGCUGUCCAUCAGCUUCUGAGCUUUCUUCAAUAUGGUCAUUUGUUUUGAACUUUCCUUCUGUUGGUGAAUCUACUUGUGAGCAAGAGUUGGGAUUGAUGAGCAUUGCUGAAAAUAGCUCCACUGGUGCAUGGGGUCCUAAUGAGAAUAUAAUAAACCAAAGUGUAUCUGGUGCUGUUGCUGCUGAUGAGGCACUUGAUAUAGCUAAAUCAAGUGUUUAUGGUGGAACUUCUUCAAUGCCUGAAUUAAUCUCUCUGCCAAACAAUACAGAGAAGCCAGUGGGAUCUGCAAAUGCACCUUUGUCAAAGUUAUGCUGUCCUGGAACUAAAGGUCCUGCAGUUUCUGGAGAUGAUGAUCUAUAUGAGGACUUCAAUAUGGAUGAAGUGGAUUUGAAUAUCGAAAAUUAUGAAGAACUUUUUGGUUUUACCCUCAAUAAUUCUGAAGAGCUUUUUGAGAAUGGUGGGAUUGACAGCUUAUUUGGGACAAAGGACAUUUCUGCAGCUGAUUCCAACUGUCAGGGUGCAGGGGAAGAGGGAUUGUCAGUCGGACUGGUUAACACAAUGCAGCAAGCAUGCAGCAAUGCAGCAUCUGCUGAUUCGAUGAUGAGUGCUAAAACUGAACCAGUCCUUUGUUUUACAACAAGGCAAGGCCAUUCAAGCCUUUCGUUUUCUGGCCUUACUGGAGAGAGUAGUGCUGGAGAUUAUCAAGAUUGUGGGGCAUCCUCAAUGCUUCUCAUGGGGGAACCUCCAUGGUGUCCCCCAUGCCCUGAGAGUUCCUGCCCAUCAGCUAACCGAAGUAAUGCUGUAAUGCGGUACAAGGAAAAAAAGAAGACACGCAAGUUUGAGAAGAGGGUAAGGUAUGCCUCGCGCAAAGCAAGGGCUGAUGUACGAAGACGUGUGAAGGGGCGAUUUGUCAAAGCUGGUGACAAUUAUGAUUAUGAUCCGCUGAGCCAAAUCAGAAGCUACUAAGACUCUUAAGAGUACAAAUUUUAUACAUGCUAAGAAAAAUGGCGAAAAUAAAAGAAAAAGGAAAGAAACCGAGAUUUAUUUUGAGAGAAUCAAUUAUUAUUACCUAAACAUUGGCAGACGAUGAAUGAUUUUCCUUGUGCAAUGACAAGCUGUAUGAUUGUAUCACAGGGGGUCCACGUCUCUUCAGUAAUGAGAAGAAACGUUGGAUGUAAAAUAGCUGGUGGUUCGCCAAUAAAGUUUAGAUGCCCAAGUUUCCAUCAACAUAAAGGAUACCUGUUUUUGGCAUCAUCCAGCCAACAAGGCCCACAGAUUGCAUUGCCAUUAAACUAUAAAUUCUGAUUUCCUUUCUGCUUCCCCGAACAACUUAUUCUGGUAAGUUAUUCUCUGAGAAAGGAAAAUAUUUAAUUGUGCAGCCAUAAAUAUGCUCAAUGCUCAUAAUAUUAGACUAUGAAUCUCCUAGCUUCUUGCUCUGGUUACUUAUAUAAAAGCAGCUCCUGCGGCUGGUGCUGAACUCGCUUUUUGCAUGAUCGACCAAAGAUCAGCAGUUGUAAUUGUUUUUUAUUUUUUAUUUUUCUUUUUCUUUUCCAUUGGACAUGUAUAGUACAGAAUCUAUAAUUUUAGUUGAUGGUAUAUAUGGCCCAAACACUUUGGUAAAGAUCAGACAGAUAAACAUGGAGUUAGUAAUUUUUGUUCCUGUUCUUCUUUGUGAACACAUAUGGAUAGGAUAUGUUUAUGUAUUGUUUCCAGUGAUUAAAUACGAGUUUGUAUUAUUUUA